AUGAAACAACAUUUUUCUUACAUUGAAGAAUUAUUUGAUGCUCAAUAAUAUGUCCUGAUGACCAAGAAUAUUCAAGAUUUCCAUAAAGUCACUUCAUACUUCAAAAAGUAUUCUUCAUUCAAAUCAUUUAGGUUUUUCGAUGAUAUUUUGAAUAAGCAAUUAGAUUUAUGCGGAACCAACAUUAAGAAUGCUUAAAAAAUUACUAAAUACAUGCAAUAACCUUAAUUGCCAUUGUCUAAGAGUUUGCUCAAAUCGAGUCAAGUAUUUAUAUAGAAUCAAACUAAUUCAAGAUUGUAUAGGAUUUAUUUACAUUUGUAAAAUAAGGCAAUCUCGAGCAGUAAGAUGGUCUCAAUCAAUAUGAAUCACUAGUACGCGAAUAAAUUGAUAAAAUCAUAGAGCAUCACAAUGGUUAUGUCUAAACUGCAAUCAAGGUAUUUUUUGAAGUUUUAUUUUGAUUAGUACUAUAAAAAUGAUGAACAAUAAUACAAGAAGAGUUUGGAUGGCUUGAAAAACAGAAAACAAUAAUACACUGAACAAUUGGAACUAUAUAAACAAACUGUUAAUGAUCCUUCCAUGUUAUACAAUCAGAAUCUCAAAUAAUAGAGAUACAACGAGUUGUAAUAAAAAAUAAGAAAAAUCAAAGAAAAUGAAAAUCAAAUUCUUACUUCUUUGGAAGUCCUCAAUUAUCGUAGAAAAUGCUUAUGCAUUGAAUUACAAUAACUAUAGAAAAUAAUUGAAGAAGCCUAUUCAACAAUUAUUGCAUUAACUCAUAAAUUAUGCUAUUCAAAUAUCAUCAGUUUUAAGAAGAAAUUGGAAUCAUUCUAUUAAAUGAGUAAAAAACAUCAGAAAUAGAUCAAAUAUCAAUUUACUAUCUUACCUGACUAAUCCAAAUUUAAUUUCGAUAAAAUGGAUUAUGUAAGUCAAUAGGAUUUUUAAUAAUUGUAUUAUGUUCAAAAGAACUUUAAUUUUAAUUAAGACGAAUCUUUUGAAACCAUAACUCAAAACAACGAAGAUGUCUCAUUUCGUUCAAUUAAAAAUAUUCCAUCAGUCAAUCAAAGUUAUUAAACAAUAAACGAUCAAAAUGAUUAAUGGAUACCAAACUUUCUAAAGUAAGAUAUUUAAUUGGUACCUACUUCAUAAUUGAUAUAAUAUUAUGAGUGGAUAUUAACAUACACAAAAGUAGUGAAGGAAAAUUGUAGUAUAAACAAUAAUCUUAUCUUUAAAUUGCUGCAAUUCAUAGAUGAAUUGAUGAUUUAAUUUAGAAAAUAAGGAAAGGCAUGCAUAAAGCAGCCAGAUUUUAAAUAAAACUACUUUUCUUAAUUGAAAUGGUUUGAAUAAUUUAACCAAGUCUUUGGGGAAUAGGGUUAUAAUGAUCUAUAUGCUUACACCAGUAUAAAUGAUUUGUUUAAUUUAUUUACUAAUAAGUUUUCAACUCUUUUAUAAGAAGAAUAACAAUCCAUUUUAUAGGUUCAAGAGAAAAUUACAAAUGAGUAAAACAUUGUUUUCUCAAGUAUAGAUAAAUAAAUGUUUGACUUGCAAAUUGUACAUCAAAACUAUCUUAGAUAAUAAGGAUACAAUAGAACCAUUACAUUAAGUUAAAUGGAUUCCAAUAAAAAGGACUUUUAUAAUUAAUCUAAAGUACGUAAUUGAUCAAUAUUAGAAUGAAUAAGAUUUUAGGUAAAUGAUAAAAUAAAGCAAUGAUGCCAUAAAACAUUUAGUAUUGGAACUAGAUAAUAAACUAAGCAAGAGAUACAAGACAAUCAGCGAAAUUACAGAAUAAAUUAACUUAGCAUUCAAUGUAAAUUUAAUAGAUUUAUUGAAAUUGUAUAUACAUAAUCUUAAUAUUUAGUACAUAUUAAUAAGAAGAUGCAUUAGAAUUGAAAAAGAAGUCAUUGGAAUAAGUUGUCUAAUAUUUGAAAUCUUAAAAAUCAUUCUCAAUAUUCUACAAAUAAAUCUUUGUGAAAAAUAAGGCUAAAACUUUAAUAGAGGAUUUAUAGACUGAAACAUAUGAUUAUAAAUACUAAUCUGAUCAGGAUUUUUAUUAACUUUAAUCAUUACCUAAACCUAACAUUGUAAAAUAUUACAUGAUGUCUAGAUUCUGGAUUAAAGUUAGAAUGAACCAGAAGAUGAUUAAUAAAGUAUAAGUGAAUAAUCAACCAAAGAGCAAGAUAAGGAUAAAAUAGAAUAAUUAUAAUUUAUUAAAUCAAAGUUAAAAAUAGAAAUCAAUGAAAUAUUAAUUGCAUCUUUUGCGUGUGCAUUAUCAGAAAAAAUCCAAUUACAAGGAAGGUUGUAUAUCACAAAUAAAAGACUGUUUUUUCAUUCAAGUUUCAACUCAAAUAAUUUAUUUUUUGGUGAUACAAUAUUGAAUAUUCCUAAAUAGGAUAUACUGUGUAUAUAAAAGAGAGCAAAUGCAUACAUAUUUGACAAUUCGAUUUCAAUAUUUACACCCAAAGGCUAGUUGUUCUUUGCUACAUUCUUUUAAAGAGAUAUAGCUUAUGAUUUAAUCAUAAAGACAUUUUCUCCAAAAGAACAGCCUGAGUUAAUGGCAUCAUUGACAAAUCAAGCUCCUAUAAAUUCAAUAAAGAUUAUCAAUGUUCCAUACACUUAGGAUUAAUUAAAGUAUGUGAUUUGUACAAUAUAAUAGAUUAUUAGAGGACAGAAAGUAAAGAAUAUUAAACCUAAUGGGUCCAGACCCUGAGAUAUUUAUAACUGAGAGUAUUUUUGAAUUUCCAGACAUAAAUAUUAAAUUGUUCUAUAGAUUGAUAUUUGGAGAUAAGUUGCAGGGAUAGAACUUGACAUUUUAUGAGAAGAUGAAGAAAGGUCCUUUGGGAUGUGAUGGUUUAAAUUUGACUCAAUGGAUUCCUGCUCCUCCAAUGGAUUUUGAUUCUGAUUAUGGUACUCUAAAUUUGUUGGAUGGUCCUGAUUUUCUGGAAAGAGAAUUUAGUUGUAUUUAACCAUUACCAAAGUCUUCGAUACCGUUUAUGCCUACUAAAUGUGAGUGUAAGGAAUAAUAAAAGAUUUAUUUCAUCAAUUAAGAUUUCUUUAUUUUAGACUUGAUAGUGAAAACCUAUAAGGUACAGAAUUUGAUUAUUAAUAAAAGGUGCCAUAUGCUGAAUCAUUUUAAGUUCUGGUUAGAUACAAAUGUAUUUAAACUGAGAAAGGAGUGAAAUUGGAUUGUAGGAUUCGAAAUGAAUUCCACAAAGCUAUUCUGGUUAAAAAAGGUUCAUAAUGACAUAAUUUUAGUUAUUGAAAAAGCAAGUUAAGAUGAGAUUUCUGAAAAGACUAACUAAAAGAUCUUUCCUGCUAUUAGAUAAGAAUUAAGCAAUUAUUUGAAAGGAUCAAAUAGUAAUGAUAAUGGUGAGGAUAAGAGUGAUACAAAUGAUUAGAAGGUGGAUUAAUAAAAGAGUAAAAUAAAAUAAAAGUUGAAAUCUAUGAUUCCUUUUCUAAAUGGUACAUUAAUAACUUGUCUAAUCCUCAUUGUCAUUUAUUUCUUAUAUGCGAGAGUAUUGAGUAAGUUGACCAUCAAAAUAGAGUUUGAUAAAUGA